AUGGAUCGACUCUUCUUCCAGGCCCGGUUCGGAGCCGUGCUCCUUGCCGGCCUCCUGACCGCAAAAAAUGGUUGCGCGGAGACAGCGCUUGUCGAAGCCCUCCCCGGAGCGACCAUCCGGCCCGAGCUAGCGCCCUCGCUGACGCCGGUCGUCGCGCUCGAAGCGGGGUGGCGGAAUCCCCCGACGAUGGCCCGCACCCGCUGCUGGUGGUGGUGGCUCAAUGGCAACGUCACCCGGGCGAGCAUCACCCGCGACCUUGAAGAGAUGAAACGCCAGGGGCUCGGCGGGGCGAACAUCAUCGACGCCGGCGGCGCCGAACAGCGCGGCAACCACCAAGUCCCGCACGGGCCCGACUUCGGCUCGCCGGAGUGGCAAGAGCUAUUCGUCCACGCGCUGCGCGAAGCGGACCGGCUCGGUCUCGAGCUAGGGUUCAACAUCCAGAGCGGCUGGAACCUGGGCGGCCCACGGGUGCCGGCCGAGGACGCGGCCAAAAAGCUGACGUGGUCGGAGGUCACCGUCCGCGGCGGCGCCAAGCAAUCGACCUCGCUCGCGCAGCCGGCUGCCGUCGGCGGAUACUACCGCGACGUGGCGGUGCUCGCCCUGCCCAUCGCGACCGAACGCGCGGACCAGCUGGCGAUCGCCGUGAAAGUCGACUCUGCCCAGCCGGGGCACGCCGCGUCGCUGAUCCUCGAUGGGAACCCCGACACCUUCUGGGUGUCCGGCAGCUACGAACGCGGCGAGGGGCCGGACGUGUCGCAGCCGCACCGCGUCGAAUUCGACUUCGCGGCGCCGACAGAGGUCUCGCGGGUGGUGAUCCAUCCCCGCGACGGCUACGGGCCGAAGCGCGGCUGGCUGCAAGCGAGCGACCGGCCGCGGCAUUGGCGGCUGGUGAGCCAGUGGCGGGCCGAGUCGGGCGAUAAGCCCGUCGUCAUCGAUUUCGAACCAACGGCCGCCCGGCGUUUGCGGCUGAUCAUCGCCGAGGCGUUCGACCCCCGCAGCCCCGCGGCGCCGCGCAACGUGCAGGUGGCGGAGGUCGAGUUCUUCAACGGCGACAAGGCGCUCCACCGUGCGAACUCGGGCCUCGCGCGCAUCGAGAACUUCCGCCAGAAGGCGUACCACGAUUACCCCGGCGCUUUCACGGCGACCAAGGCGGACCACCUGCUGCGCGUCGGCGAAGGGGACCCGGCCGAGCGGACCGUCGCGCUCGACGAAGCGAUCAACCUCACGGACCGACUCGACUCAGACGGCGAGCUCGACUGGGAGGCGCCGCCGGGGCUCUGGGCCGUGGUGCGAAUGGGCUACACGCUCGCCGGGUCGCGGGUCUCGACGCACAGCGAGGGCUGGGACGGCUGGGCCAUCGACUACCUCGACCGCGACGCCUUCGUCGCUUACUGGGACGACGUGAUCGAGCCCCUGCUCGAAGCGGCCGGUCCGAGCGUCGGCAAUUCACUGCGCUACCUGCACACCGACAGUUGGGAACUGGGCCCGGUGAACUGGACGCCGCGGCUGGAGGCCGAGUUCACGAAGCGACGCGGCUACGACCCGCGGCCCUACUUGCCAGCGCUGGCGGGCUAUGUCGUCGGCGACCGCGAGACGUCCAACCGCUUCCUCAACGACUUCCGGCGGACGCUUGCCGACCUGAUUGCGGCCGGCAAGUACGCGACGUUCCGAGAGUUCGCCCACGCCAAGGGGCUCGGCGUCCACCCCGAGUCGGGCGGCCCGCACGCCGCGCCGAUCGACGCGUUGCAAUGCCUGGGGCGUAACGACAUCGCGAUGGGCGAGUUCUGGGCGCGCUCGCGCACGCACCGGGUGAACGAUUACGAACGGCUGUUCGUGAUGCAGUCGGCGUCGGCGGCGCACACCUAUGGCCGGCGCGUGGUGCUCGCCGAGGCGUUCACCUCGAUCGGCCCGCAAUGGGAAGAGUCGCCCGCGGUGCUCAAGCCGGUCUUCGACCGUGUCGCUUGCGAGGGAUUGAACCUCGUGAUGCUUCACACGUUCGCCGCGUCGCCAGCAGAGGCGGGGCUGCCCGGUCAAGCUUACUUCGCCGGCACGCACGUCAACCCGAAUGUCACUUGGUGGGACAAGGCGGACGCCUUCUUCGGUUACCUCAACCGCUGCCAGUUCCUCUUGCAGCAGGGCCUGCCGGUCGCCGAUGUGCUGCACUUCUAUGGCGAGAACGUCCCGGGCUUUGUGCGGCUGAAGAACGACUUCCCCGCCGGCGACGUCACCGGCUACGGCUACGACGUGAUCAACGCCGAGGCGCUCGUGGGCCGCGUGUCGGUCGCUGAUGGCAGGCUUGUGCUGCCCGAGGGAACGUCGUACCGCGUCCUAUCGCUCCCGCCGGGAAGGACCUACGGGCUUGCGGCGCUGCGGAAGAUCGCCGAACUCGCCGACGCCGGCGCAACCAUCGCCGGCCCACGGCCCGAAGCGGCGAUCGGGCUGCUGAGCGAAGCGGACCAGCGUGAGUUCGAUCGCCUCGUCGCGAAGCUGUGGGACGACACGGGAGCGGUCAGCGACACGACGCCGCGCGAGGUGCUCGCGGAAACGCCCGCCGACUUCGACUUCACGCUCGCUGACGGCGCGGCGAAGGCCGAUGAGCGUGGCGACCCGGUGCUCGAUUACUUCCAUCGCCGCACGGACGGCGCCGAGGUCUACUUCCUCGCCAAUCGGACGGCCGAGCCCGUGACGGCGGAGUGUGAGUUCCGCGUCGCCGGCGCCGCGCCCGCGAUUUGGGACCCGGUGACCGGUGACAGGGCGGCGGCAAAGUCGUACGCGAUCGGCGAGCAAACAACCCGCGUGCCGCUGACGCUGGCGCCGGAGCAAGCGUUGUUCGUUGUCUUCCAGGGCGACCGCGCUGAGACGCUAUCGCGCAACGACGGCCCGAACCUGCCGGUUGCCGAGUUGGCGGAGGAGCUAACCAUGCCGUGGUCGAUUCAAUUCGACGCCAAGCGAGGCGGCCCCGCCGAGCCAGUAGCGAUGGAAACGCUCAGCGACUGGUCGCAGUCGGACGACCCCGCCGUCCGCCAUUACAGCGGCACGGCGACCUACACGGCCGAGUGGACGCCCACGGACGAGACGCGGAAGGCGGCGGAGAGCGGGCGGGUAUGGAUCGACCUAGGCGACGUGAAGAACGUCGCGUCGGUGCGACUCAAUGGCGAGGAGCAGGGCGUCGCCUGGACGCCGCCCUACCGUGUCGAGUUACAUGGCCCGCUGCAAGCUGAUAACCAUCUGGAGAUCGAGGUCGUGAACCUCUGGCCCAACCGGCUGAUCGGCGACGCGGCCCUGCCCGAGCCGGAGCGGAUCACCCGGACCAAUAUCACGAAGUUCCAGGCCGACACGCCGCUGCUGCCGUCGGGGCUCUUGGGACCGGUUCAAGUGCUGACCGAGGAAGCGGCCCGCAGCGGACAUUCCCUCAACGUCGGCGGAGGCAGCAUGGUGAACCCGGUGGGAUUGGGGAGCGACGAAGACCGGCGCAACCGGUUCGCGCUGCUGCUCAGCGAGAAUCAGGGGCGGCUGUUCGGCUUCCUGUACUCGCACGUGCUGAACAUGGCGGACGCCGAGGACCUGUACCAGCAGGUGGCGAUGCUGCUGUGGACCAAGUUUGACCAGUUCGACCAUCUCGAUCCGGGCAGCGACUUCGGCGCGUGGGGGAUGCGGGUCGCCGACUUUACGAUCAAGAACUUCCUCCGCGGCAAACGCCGCAGCAAGGUCUGCUUUAGCGACGAAGUGAUGCAGCGAAUCGUUGAAUGCCACCUGUCCUCGCCCGCCACGGUUGUCGCCCGUCGCGCCGAGGCCCUGCGUGGUUGCCUGACAAAGCUGCGUCAGCCCGACCGGACUCUGCUCGAGAAGUGCUACGGCUCUGACACGCCGAUCAAGGACGUCGCAGAGGCCGAAGGACGCUCGGCCGGCCACGCUGUGAAGAACGACCGUGUUACCAACGACGCGGCCGACCUCGAUCGCCUGCACACGCUCAUGGACGCCGCCAUGAGCGAAGCGAUCACCGACGCCGAACGUAUAGAGCUCGAGUCGCUGCUGCUCACGAGUGUGCGUUCGGCCGCGGCCGCUCGGCGGGUCGACGCCGCGAUCGCUCAGAUGACCACGCCCCACACGUCCGAGGGGGCCGCCGAUCGGCGUCGGCGAUUUCGCGGAGGAGCCUCCCUCGCCGUCGCCGCCACACUGCUGAUCGCGGCGGGUUGGUGGCUGGCCAACGGACGCCUCGCCAUCGAAGCGGACCGCCAGCCGAAGCCCGUCGCCCGACUGGAGUCGAUCGACGGCGCCGUCUGGCUCGGUGACGAGUACCCGGUCGGCCAUCGCUUUGUCGAAGGGGACUCGAUCUACCUGUCGCAGGGCGCUGCGCGGAUCAGCCUCGCCAGCGGGGUUGAGGUCGCGCUCCGGGCGCCGUGUUUCGUGUCGCUCGACAACGACAUGCACGUCCGGCUCGCCGAGGGGGUCGUCACCGCCCAGGUCGCCGAGUGGGCCCACGGCUUCACCAUCGCGACGGAUUCACUACGAGUGGUUGACCUAGGGACGAAGUUCGCCGUUUCGGCCGACAACCGGGGCUCGACCGAGGCCCACGUCCUCGACGGCCAAGUCCGCGUCCACUCGCCCUCGGCGCCGGUUUCGUCCCGCCAAAGCGUGCUGCUGUCGAAGGGCGAGGCGUUGCGGUUCCAAGGAGCGAGCAAGGUCGCCACGCGGCUAGCGGCGGACCUCGAGCGGUUUGACGCCGACCUCAACGAUGUCGCCCCUUACAAGCCAAUCCCGUUGUUCAACACGGGCCGCGGGCUCGAAGAGGGCGACGAAGACCCGCACUGGCGGGUCGUCGCGGGGCCCAACUGCCCGCAGUUCUCGGGCCCUCAGUUCGCCGUCGUUUGCAACGCCGACGACCGCUACCUGUCGAACGACCGUGAGCACUCGCAGUGGGUGUCGUUGGUGAACCCGGUGCGGCCUGGGCUGCCUCCCAAUGCGACCUUUACGUACCAGACCGAGUUCGACCUGACGGGUUACGACCUGCGGUCGGUGGUGAUCGUCGCCCAGGUAAUCGCGGACAACGGCGUCCGCUCCGUACGAAUCAAUGGCGAAGAAGUCCCGGUCGAGUCGUGGAUGCUCAACGACGAGGACCAAGUCUUCAACCGCUUCCACGUCAUCGAGAUCGCUCAAGGCUUUCGCGAUGGCGUUAACUUGAUCGAGUUCGACAUCUGGAACGGCGUGGACCGCACCGCGCCCAGUGCGCCGAACCCGCUGGCGCUGCGCGUCGAGUGGCAGGCGUUCGGUCGGCUCGGCGUUGGAUCGAUGGUCGGCGCUGCUGUUGCGAUGCCGCCUACCGACGACGCCGCUGCCGCAAGCAAGGGAUAG